CCUCUCGCGUUGUUUUCACUGCUUUCAAGGAAUCAUCCUGUCAAGUUUAGGACCGCCUGUUCCUGGGAACAAUGUACGAACCGGAAACUUGUUCUCCCACCGCUGUUUUGGUUAAUGUUUGUUAACAAAGUGACGGUUUAAAUCUCCCUCGGGCACGCCCAUUCCUUCUCCGUCUCUCUCCGUUCCAAAGGGCGGCCGGCUGGAGGUUAUCUAACAGGGAGAGAGUGAGAGUUCAGCUGGGCUGAGGGAUAUCAGAGACUCUCUGGGACAGCUGGACUUCAUCAGGUGCUUGGUGUGUGAGGAGCCCACGUCAACGUGUCUCCGCACGGAUGUCCAGCAAGUUUACUUAAAAAAAAGAAAGAAAGAUGGACCGAAGAGCUGAAGCGUCUGGAGCCUCGCGAGGUUCCUCCCCGGGUCCCUCGGCUAUGGACCCCCAGAGGAGGAGGACGGUGAUUCGCGUUACUUACCUCAUCACUGCUCUGGACGUCACGUGGAUGUUUCUACAGUUCGCCGUGACGCCGUAUUUAGCAAAGAAACUUGGCUUUGACACGUUACAGUUCGGUUAUUUACAAACCACAGUGGGUGUCAUUCAGCUGUUCGGCGGUCCUCUGUUUGGAAGGUUUGGGGAUCUCUUCGGGGCACGUGCAGCUUUGACCUUGGCGUGUUCUGCCACCAUCGCUUUCUUCCUGCUGCUGGCCAACGCGACCCAUCCGGCCAUGCUGUUCAUCCACAAGCUCCCCACUCUCUUCAUGCACGUCAUACCUGUGACUCAGAUGGUUGUUGCGGACCUUUCAGAACCUGAGAAAAAAGCUGACGCUUUAGCCAAACAGGGAAUGUGUUUUGGGAUUGGUAUGAUCGUUGGCUCCACUUUAGGAGGACAGCUAAACACACUCUAUGGGGAGGAGUUUGUUGCGUAUUGUGGUGCUGCAGGGAGCGCAGCCACUUUGCUGCUGGUCUUAUUCUUCAUCCCUAAAACCACUAAAGUCGAGUCUGCCACAAGCAACGCUGCAAGUGAAAAUGAGAAGAAAUCAAUAUUCAGCUUGGGAGAAAUCACAAGACUGAGGAAGUUUCCAAGAGUGACCAAAAUUUUCACGAUCAAGAUAGUUUCAGGUUUGCCAUCAGUCAUUUUCCAGGUGAUGUUCUCAAUCAUUGCUCUGGACUUCUUCAAGCUGCUCCCUGAACAGAACGGCUACCUGCUCGCCUACUUUGGCAUCACGCAGAUGGUCGUUCAGGGAGGAGUCAUCGGUCCGCUCACGGCGAGAUUCUCCGAGCAUUCGCUGCUGCUUCUGUCCAUCGGAGUUGCUUGUUUGGUGGGAGUGGCUCAGAUAAUUUUCAUGGAGAACGUGGCCCAGUUCUGUGUGAUCGUCGUCCCCAUGAUGUUUUCCCUGAGCCUGUUUGGUGUCAUUACUGACAGCAUGCUCACCAAGAGCGUCCCGUCCUCGGACACAGGCACGAUGCUCGGACUGUGUGCGUCUGUCCAGUCUCUUCUCCGGACAGUCGGACCGACCAUCGGUGGCUACCUGUACGUGAAUCAUGGCAUUUCCUCCAUCGGUUUCAGCCAGUUCUUUAUCAAUGCUGUUAUUUUAGUUUACUUGGUGCUGCGGCGCGCCAACAAAGACGACAAGGACAGCAAAUGAAACUGGAGGAGGAGCUUAUUGUUCCUGUUAAAAUGUUAAAAGAUCAUUUUAUUUCUAAAACAAUCAUUUUAAUAACAUGAAACAUUCCAGUUCCUGGGCUUUCAGGUUUUGAACUCUGUUGGGGGAGAUUACAAACUGAGCCACUAGAUGGCAGCAAAUUGUCCGUUUUGUCAAUGUGAAUGGACAACAUGCUUUUUACACUGCUUGAACUGAGCCCAAAGGAGGUUGCACUGGAGCAGUGCUGAUGCCCUCAUUUUCAAAUUAUCAUUGACACACACACACACACACACACACACACACACACACACACACACACACACACACACACACACACACACACACACACACACACACAACU